CCGCCCGGGCUGUGGGUCCGCGACUCCUUGGCGUCCCCGGGCCGCAGCUGCGGUACGACGCUGACACCCCUCUGUGAAUUGGGCGAAGCGUGGAGAGAUCCCUUGUCCCUCGCGCUAUCUCCCUUGACCUCGUGGGGUUGGGAUCUCACCGUCCUGUUUGACUGACAGGUGGGGGAAACUGGGGUAGAUGGUGAAGAUAACCCAAAGGACCUUCUAGGGCGUCUUUCACGCUUCGCACAGGUCUUCCCGUUUCCAGCAAAUGUCUUGCCCGCUGCGGGAGCGCUGCUUGAGACAGGCUAAUAAUGGGUCUUUGGGUCAGAACUGCAAGGACGCUGGGAAGUCGUCUGGUGCAGCUCCCUCCUAGGACAGUUGGAGAAACUGAGCCCUUACUCCAGGAAGGGGUAAGGGCUUGCCUAAGGUCAUCCAGUGAGUUAAUCGGAGACCCGGAGACCCGCGACUAGAAUGCGAAUGUUCCUAAGCUUCAGCAGCUGUUUGCUUUUCACCACACCGCCUCCUGCGGGAAACUUGACAUGUGAAAAGGCACUCCUUUCUGUCCCUUUCUCUUUUAGUCCUCUCCCUUUUUAGCUGUCUGCAUUUUCCACCGCUGGGGUUGGAUUGGCUCUGGGUGUGGUUCCCUGUUUGUUCAUUAUUUUUCUGCAAACUCAUCCUUCUGUAGGUUUGUUUUCUAACCGUCCUGCAUUCUAUGUAAGUCACACCAAAAUAUGAAAUAUGAAUCGGAAUGUGCUCCUGGGAAGAUAGGUGGCUGAGCCGAGGUUGUGGAGAGCCCUGACGUUAACAUGAAGAAUGUAAAGACCUUUGCUUUAUUUUUUCUGUAACUUGUCAGAUUUGGGAUUGCUUAUUUGGAUGGACGUUUUGCAGUUAUUUGAAUUUUGCCGAAGAUAGCAUCAUGAUGCAAUGGACAGAACAGAGAUUGGGGAAUCAGGACAUUUUGUCCUAGCUCUGCCGCUUACCUGGCAACCUUAAGUGACUCGUGUUUGGGUUUCUCAGUCUAGACAGUGAUGGAAUUGAAUUCUUAAGGGCCCCUUCUGCUGUGAUCUGGAUGUUGUGCAUCUUUCUAGGUUUGUUUUUUUGUUUGUUUGUUUUUUAAUAGAGAUGAGGUCUCACUAUGCUGCCCAGGCUGAUCUCAAACUCCUGGGCUCAAGUGAUCCUCCCACCUUGGCCUCCCAAAGUAUUGGGAUUACAGGGGUGUGAGCCAGUGCCCCUGACCAGGGUCUGUUUGUUUUUUUAUUCCGAGAGAUUUUACCCGCUGUGUACACUGAGUAUCAGCCUUGCAACAAGACUUAAUCUAAUUGUGUAGGAAGCAGUUUCCUCUGCUUAUUCCUCUGUUGCCAUAAAAUCCUCCUCCUCUUUCUUCCUAUCUCUGUAUUAUGUCUAAGCUAAAUACUAACAGCUGAAAAUGAUUUUUAACUGCCUGUUAUUAUUUUAAACAUGAUCAGGGCCCUCUUCUGACUCUUGUCUAGAGCCUCGUUUACAGUAAUUAACUUACUUGUACAUUUAGAACAUGUUUUCUUUAAAGAUGUUCUUGAAGUCAAGUGGAAAGGGACAAACUUUGUGUUUGUCUGAGGAUGGAGGCUACCUGCAGCAGAGGCUGUGCUGAUAACAGCUUUAAGCCUCUCCGUUUGUUUUCUGAUUGUAUCGUUUAUAUUCGCCUGCUCUGGAGUCCUUGUUUUCCCUUUAAGGCAUGUAGCUGUUCAUUCUGCCUCCUCUUGUGGCGGUUCGAAGUGCUCAGAGUUUUCUCUGUUCCAAAGGCGGUGUAAGAAAAAGGGAUUCCAUUUAUUUUAUAAUAUUCUGGAGACUACAACUGGGACCAAUAGAUGAAAGUGCCAUAAGGGAAGGGUGUUUGGUAAGUGUUAAAAACUUUCAAAGAAUUAGUGGUCUCCUGUAUUAGAACACUGAGCACGGAGCUCCCUGUCACUGGAGGUAAUCGUCUCUGGGCAAUUACUUCGGGGAUGUUGUAGAUGAAAUUAGAUUGUUGGGUAGAGGGUUGGACUAGAGAAAGUUUUAAGUUUUCUUUCAACUCAAGAGUCUGUGACAUCCUAGGACUGGACUUACUAGCAUGUAGAGUGGAUGGAGCAGAUGUCCACUUACUAGCAUGUGGGAUGGAUGGAGCAGAUGUCCACUUAUUACUAGCAUGUGGGAUGGACGGAGCAGGUGUCCACUUACUGGCAUGUAGAGUGGAUGGAGCAGAUGUCUGCUUACUAGCAUGUGGGAUGAAUGGAGCCGAUGUCCACUUCCUGGCAUGUAGAGUGGAUGGAGCAGAUGUCCACUUAUUAGCAUGUGGGAUGGAUGGAGCCGAUGUCCACUUCCUGGCAUGUAAAGUGGAUGGAGCAGAUGUCCGCUUACUAGCACGUAGAGUGGAUGGAGCAGAUGUCCGCUUACUAGCACGUAGAGUGGAUGGAGCAGAUGUCCACUUACUGGCAUGUAGAGUGGAUGGAGCAGAUGUCCACUUACUAGCAUGUGGGAUGGACGGAGCUGGUGUCCACUUACUAGCAUGUGGGAUGGAUGGAGCCGAUGUCCACUUACUAGCAUGUGGGAUGGAUGGAGCAGAUGUCCACUUCCUGGCAUGUAGAGUGGAUGGAGCAGAUGUCCACUUAUUAGCAUGUGGGAUGGAUGGAGCCGAUGUCCACUUCCUGGCAUGUAAAGUGGAUGGAGCAGAUGUCCGCUUACUAGCACGUAGAGUGGAUGGAGCAGAUGUCCACUUACUGGCAUGUAGAGUGGAUGGAGCAGAUGUCCACUUACUAGCAUGUAGAGUGGAUGGUGCAGAUGUCCACUUACUAGCAUGUGGGAUGGAUGGAGCCGAUGUCCACUUACUAGCAUGUGGGAUGGAUGGAGCCGAUGUCCACUUACUAGCAUGUGGGAUGGAUGGAGCAGAUGUCCACUUACUGGCAUGUAGAGUGGAUGGAGCUGAUGUCCAGUUUUGUGAUUACUUUGUUUCUAUUUAUAACCUUGUCUCAGGUAACUAUUCUCAUGUUAAGUACUCCUGCUUUUUCUUUCUUUUUAUCACCACCACCUCCCCUCCAGUGAGUAUCUCAGUUCUUUAAAUGCUUGAUAUUUCUUCAAAGGUCAGAUGAGUGAAUAGUCUUCUGUUUCUGCUUUUCCUGGCCUGGUGCUGAUAACCCCUUCCAAAGUGCAUGACUGAUUAGCAUUACUCACACCUAGGCCAGCUUUUCUCUUUUUCCCAUAGAGGAACUCACAUGGAAUCUGUUUAUUUCCAUCCAGGCCUUCUCUUGUUUCCCAUAGAAGAAGCUCUCACUGAGUCUGUUUACUUCCACCCAGGCCUUGGAAGAAUCCUGUACCUCUCUCCUUUGGCCAGGCCUUACUGUGAUGAGCACAUAAAGGUAGCCUCUACUUAAUGGGCAUGGGGGCCGAUGGAUGGGGCAUUGUAAAUAGGCUGAAAUAGGAACCACACGGUGCUGCAUUUGGGGUUGUCUCUUCUUUUAUCCCCCAAAAUAUUUCUCUUGGAAGCCUUGACACCCAGGGCCAGUUCUUUUUUUACUUAUUAUUAUUAUUUAUUUUAUUUUAUUAUUAUUAUUUUUUUGGAGAUGAGGUCUCACUAUUUUGUCCAUGCUGGUCUUGAACUCCUGAGCUCAAGCAGUCCUCCCACCUUGGCCUCCCAAAGUGCCGGGAUUACAGAUGUGAGCCACCACGUUUGGCCCCAAGGCUCGUUCUUAAUGACCAUCUCUAGUAGGAAGAGCCACUCUGUGCUUUCCUUUUCCAUGAAGUUAGGAAAUCUGUCUGUGGGUUACUGAGAUGUUCAUGUCACUUAGAUCACCAUCUCCAAGAUAGGGACCUGGCUUCACAAUCCAGAGUUUUAAAUGGAGCCCAUACUGCAGACUUUGUUUAGUGAACUUUCUCACUUCCUGUCCUUGAACUUCUCUGUAGUAAUAAUCACAAUUGCUGUCAUUAAUGAGGGUUUAUUAUGUUCCAGGCAACAUGUCUAACAUUUAUUUAUUUUUUCCUCCUAUCUUCAUAACAAUAUUGUGAUGUAGAUGUUGUUAAUGACAUCUUUCAGAUGAGGAGACUGUGGCAAAGGGAGACGAAUUAACUUGCUCAGAGUCACACUACCAGACUACAAACUCAGGUGCUUUUUAUUAUGCAGAAUACCCCCUGCAGACCUAAUCCUGCCCCAGGCUCUGAGGCCAGCUUUGUUCGCAGGGAGAUUUUAAGGAGGGUAUAUAAUUUAAGGUGUGGUAGAAAGAAUACUGGACUGGGAUGCUGGUUUGCUAGAUUGUCAUCUCAAAUCUUUGAUUUGACUCAUCCUGGGGCCUGGAUGAGUCAGCCUUUGUGUGUGGACCCUGGUUUUCUGACCCCUAAGAAGGAAGCUGGAGCUUGAUCUUCUCUAAAGCUAUACCUGGCCCUAACAUUUAGUGAUCUUCCUGGUUGUGAGUAAAAGUGUGCAUGUUUGCCUGUUCAGCAGCUGCUUUGUGCAGAACCUGCUGAGGUCAGCAGCUGCCCUGUACCUGUUCUAGCAUCAGACUCCUACAGGAAAAAGUCUCAAUUUAUGGAAUGUUCUGCUCUGAAUUCCAUCGACAGAGAGGAGAAAAUACAUCUGGGGAAUUUGCCGCUGCUCUGAGUUCCAAAGUCCAAACCAAUGUAAUUGUUUCAGAAUAACGGAUGACACUUUUAGCUUGCAAACAAGUGGCACCAAUGCGUGAAUUCUGGUAGGAGCUGCCAUGUCCACGCAGAGACUUCGGAAUGAAGACUACCACGACUACAGCUCCACAGACGUGAGCCCCGAGGAGAGCCCGUCGGAAGGCCUCAACAACCUCUCCUCCCCGGGCUCCUACCAGCGCUUUGGUCAAAGCAACAGCACAACAUGGUUCCAGACCUUGAUCCACCUGUUAAAAGGCAACAUUGGCACAGGACUCCUGGGACUCCCUCUGGCGGUGAAAAAUGCAGGCAUCGUGAUGGGCCCCAUCAGCCUGCUGAUCAUAGGCAUCGUGGCCGUGCACUGCAUGGGUAUCCUGGUGAAAUGUGCUCACCACUUCUGCCGCAGGCUGAAUAAAUCCUUUGUGGAUUAUGGUGAUACUGUGAUGUAUGGACUAGAAUCCAGCCCCUGCUCCUGGCUCCGGAACCACGCACACUGGGGAAGACGUGUUGUGGACUUCUUCCUGAUUGUCACCCAGCUGGGAUUCUGCUGUGUCUAUUUUGUGUUUCUGGCUGACAACUUUAAACAGGUGAUAGAAGCGGCCAAUGGGACCACCAGUAACUGCCACAACAAUGAGACGGUGAUUCUGACGCCUACCAUGGACUCGCGACUCUACAUGCUCUCCUUCCUGCCCUUCCUGGUGCUGCUGGUUUUCAUCAGGAACCUCCGAGCCCUGUCCAUCUUCUCCCUGUUGGCCAACAUCACCAUGCUGGUCAGCUUGGUCAUGAUCUACCAGUUCAUUGUUCAGAGGAUCCCAGACCCCAGCCACCUCCCCUUGGUGGCCCCUUGGAAGACCUACCCUCUCUUCUUUGGCACAGCGAUUUUUUCAUUUGAAGGCAUUGGAAUGGUUCUGCCCCUGGAAAACAAAAUGAAGGAUCCUCGGAAGUUCCCACUCAUCCUGUACCUGGGCAUGGUCAUCGUCACCAUCCUCUACAUCAGCCUGGGGUGUCUGGGGUACCUGCAAUUUGGAGCUAAUAUCCAAGGCAGCAUAACCCUCAACCUGCCCAACUGCUGGUUGUACCAGUCAGUUAAGCUGCUGUACUCCAUCGGGAUCUUUUUCACCUACGCGCUCCAGUUCUACGUCCCGGCUGAGAUCAUCAUCCCCUUCUUUGUGUCCCGAGCGCCCGAGCACUGUGAGUUAGUGGUGGACCUGUUUGUGCGCACAGUGCUGGUCUGCCUGACAUGCAUCUUGGCCAUCCUCAUCCCCCGCCUGGACCUGGUCAUCUCCCUGGUGGGCUCCGUGAGCAGCAGUGCCCUGGCCCUCAUCAUCCCACCGCUCCUGGAGGUCACCACCUUCUACUCAGAGGGCAUGAGCCCCCUCACCAUCUUUAAGGACGCCCUGAUCAGCAUCCUGGGCUUCGUGGGCUUUGUGGUGGGGACCUAUGAGGCUCUCUAUGAGCUGAUCCAGCCAAGCAAUGCUCCCAUCUUCAUCAAUUCCACCCGUGCCUUCAUAUAGGGAUCUGGGUUUGUCUCUGCAGCUGCCUACCCCUGCCCCAUGUGUCCCUCGUUACCUGUCCUCAGAGCCUCAGGUAUGGUCCAGGCUCUGAGGAAAGUCAGGGUUGCUGUGUGGGAACCCGUCUGCCUGGCACCUGGAUACCCUGGGCCAGGUAACCUGAGGGCAGGGGAGAGGUGGGGUGGCAGACACGCAGAAGUGCUACUAGUGACAGGGCUGCCAUUGCUCACUUGUACCUAUUUACACCCAUAACUUUCCAGCUCCCCCUCAUCAUGCCUCCUCCUUCCUACCUGCCUCCCCCCUGCUGGUGCACCUCUCCCAACUCAUUCUUACUGCACAGUUCACUUUAUUUAACAAUUUUCGUGUCCCCCACCUCAUGUUUUCACCUUUUCUGGGCCAGGCAUAGAUUAAGUAACUGGGAACGCCCCCUCUUUAUAAAGCUGGGCUUCUUUCUCAUCUCUCUCCCAAAUGUUGUAUCUCAGUAUUCUUCCUAUUCGAGUCUCCAGGGGAUGGCUGGACCUACCUGGUCAUUUGAAACAGGCCCCCAAGCUGGAGUUUUUAAUCUCGACUCUCUGGCUUGCUGUGACCCCUAAGGCAAUGCUUCUCUUCCCUGGAUUCCUUAGUGUGGGUCACAGUACUGUAUUCUUAGUUGCUUUAGCUCUUAAAACAUACGAAGUGUUGCCUAAACUGAAAAUAUUUAUCUUUUAUUUAAAAUCAGAUUUUUGUUUUCAGACUGUCUUAGAUCUGGGGCUAUUACGAAUCACUUCUUCUUCAGUAAACUUUGACUCAACUUCUCCUGCUGAAAAGAAGCUCGCUCCAGAUGUCUGCAUGGGUCCUCGGCACUCUUGGCUGAGGACUCAAAGGUUUUAAUCAGGAUCAUCUAAAAAUGUACCUCGGUGAGGAGGCACAGAUUUUGCCUCCUGUUGACCAGCCUGGUUUCAUACCGAAAAGACAUUGAAGGACUGCAGAAAUGUAUGGGUGCACCGGGCCGAGGGAAGGGUGGCUGAGUGAGAGGCGUAUAAAAUGGGGCUGUGUGCAUGCAUGCCCAUGUUUCAGCCUCAGCCCAUGCCAGGUGAAAGGAUCAGCAAUGCUCCGUUGCCAUCGUGCUGGGAUGACACCAGCUCUAUUGCCACCGAUGAGUAGCUGAGGUCAGUGUGCACAGAGUUUGAAAUUAAGUUAAUAGACUUUACAGCAGCUGGUCUGACACUACGCGCAGUGCUUGGUUGUUUACAAUCAGUGGGGAAAAGGGCAGAACCAGUGCCCGGCCCCACACUGCCUCUGUGGCCUGGACUUUGAAAGGAACCACUGAACACUAAUUAUGAGCCCUGUCUUUCCCCCAGAAUGCCUCCCUGGGUUUCACAAACAGCCUUGAGGUUGGCCCUCCUCAAGGUCAGCCUUCAAAUUUGGGAGCAAACUUCACAAACUAUAGAAAUGAUCCCUGAAAGUAUAGUCAUGGGAGCAAACUUCAGAGAAGGCAGAGGAAGGUACAUUGCCUUGCUGUGGGCUGCCUCUUCUUUCCUCUUGGUGUGCGAGGUAUUUCGGAAGGCCAUUGAUGAAUUCCCCCUCUUUAGCUGUGUAUGUGUGCACGUGUGUGUGUACAUGCGUGUGUGUGUGUGUGUGUUCCUGUGUAAGUAACAGACCAGACUCCUUUUCUCUUCUGUUCCGUCACCAGGCUCUUGCUUCACUGCAGAUACAGUUCACUCUGAAAGCUGGUUGAAGGAGAGCAGCAAAAAUGUAUCAGGGGUUUUGCUUCUGUGUUUCGCCAAAGCUCAUAAGGGCUGUGACCCACCCAUAUGGCCCCAGUUUUUUUCUGUCUCUUCUGUUCCAAAGCCAGGAGAGCUGACUUCCAGGUGAAGGGAUGGGAAAAGUGGACUCUCAUUGUAGUGACUGCCAACCUACCUAAUAAUUUGUUAACUUAGGAACAUGCUAUCAUUGUUGACUUGUUCUUCCUUAGGAGAAGGACGAUUUUCACCCACCCUUUCUGUUCUAUGGUGGACUCUUAACAGGUGCUAUGUGACCAAGAAUCUAGCUGGGAGUAGCAGAGGCCCUGUCUUCUGAAGUCUCAGGCUUAGAAGUUACCAAAGUGGGCUCAGAAACUGUCAUCUCCUGGUUCCAAGUUCGGGCUCUGGCAGCCCAGCCACUAUCUUAGCUAUCUUCCCCAGUGGUGCUAAGAGUGGCCUCAGUGAGAAGGUAGAUGCCAACUGGAGGGCCAGACCUGUGUCCUGCCCAUGUCCUCCUUGGUGGACGUUUCUGUUUACUCAGAGCUGCUAGAGGCCAUCCUGCCCAGCCGAGUUCUGAGAUUGGGACUGUGAUGUUGGGACCUGAGGACUGGAUGGUAGAAUAAUGGGGUCCCCCAGCUCUUAGCAGGAUGCAGGCUAUUGCUUCCACACCCCUGGCUGUGAGAACAUGGUAUGUAGGAGAGUUGGCUGUAGCUUUAGGAUUUCUGGAAGCCAAUUUGGCAUGGCCUGUUUGAUCUCUGGCUUGUGCUUCUGCUACACUGACAGACUGAUUGCGUGGCUCUUUCAGAAGACCCAGGAAGGGCAGCUCCAGCCAGAGGACCUUCCUGGCUAUGCAGGUGCACAGCUCUUAGGCAUCAAGCAAAGGGUCAGCCAGUCAGUAGUAGUGGGAGGAAGCCCUUCCUCCUCUUAUGCAAGCAGCUCGCAGCCAGCCCAGAAUCUCUUAUGCAGCCCAAAGGGCUUCUUGAGGCAGAGAGCCCUCCCCAGUGUCUUCCCAGGGUAAGUAGAAAUAUGAUCACAGAGCAACGGAGCAAAGGCUUUUGGGAGUGUGAGGCUGCAUCUGCUGGAGCAAAGGGAAACCGUGGGCUUUUCCGGCCAGAUACUCUUGAGCUCUGUGACCCUGCUCCUGUCACCCCAAUUUCUCCAAGCCAGAGGUAGCUUUCUCAGAGCCCCUUGGUGGUUCUAUCCUCCAAAUGCUGCUGUUGGGAGCAGGCUUCCAGCUCUUAGUGGGCAGUGCACCUCCUCCUAAAUGCAGACACUUGCUAGGAAGAGUGUGAGCUGGCAUCUUCUGUUCACUCUGCCUAGCAAUUGUCACCAUUCACAAGUGGCAUUAUUUAUGUUGUGCUGCUGUCCAGCUGCUAAGAUCCCUUCAUCUGCACAAGCCCUGGCUAGAUAUGUGUGAAUGUGUGGCAUCAUUUCACUUCAGCCGCCCAAUUCCAUGUCUCCUCUCCAGCCAGAUUCACUGGCUGAUGCUCACUGCUCACUGUCUAUCCCCACGAAAUUUAGUUUUAUCAGUAGUCUUAAAAGUGUUGAUCCCAAACAAGUACAUUAGAAAAAUCAUGUUUCUUCUCUCUCAUCUUACAUUUCUCUUCUCAGAUUUCUCCCUUCCUAGAACAUUAUCUCUGUUUAGCACUAAUGUUCACCUCGUAUUUUUUGGAAGUGCAAAAAUCUCAAUUUAUGUCUGUUUACUGCUCUCUCUCCUCCCUGCUCACAGCAAGGGGUUCUGUAUCAGUGGAUUUUAUUUUGUAGCUGCUGAGAUGUUAAGGCAAGCCUCAGCAUCUGCCCCCGCUGGGUCCACAAUGCUGCUUCCUCGAAGAGAAGACACAGAGUCCCAGUGGCAGGACUUGAGGUUGGCUUCCACUCUGCCUUAGAAGUUAAUUUUCCAAAGUACAUUACAAAUCUCUGAGGCCAUUAGGGGAAAAGGAAGGGGUGUGGUUUGUCUUUGAAAUUACGGUUAAUACUUUUAGACAGUAAGUCUGGCUGGUUGCAGGGCUAUUUGCCCCGACAGCAUCAGCCUGUAACAUUUCUUCUCUUUCCUUUGUGCCACUGAGUCGUUCCCUGGCCAGAGGACAUAAAUGGUGCUGAUAGGAGGUUAUCAGAGUAAGGAAGGUAGGAGAUAUAGGUGCAGGGUGCCUGUCAUUCACUGUGUUAUUUGGUUUAAAUCAAAGUGAUUCUGGGGGAAGCUAUGUUCUUUCAGUGGAUAAUAAAAUUGGUAACUCUAUUGUAAAACAUGUCAAUGGUGUGUGAAGAAAAAUCAACCAAUCUGUAGGUGUUGAUAACUAGACAGUACUGUGUAUGUGACGUGCCUGUGUGGAUGUGCACUUCCAGCAUGGUAUGUGUAGCGAUGUGGAUCAUGCCAGAGUUCGUAGAUCCUGUUUUGGGGUUUGCACAUGGAUCAUAUGUUAAGCUUUUUCUUUUCAAUAAAUUAAUUUUAUUUUUAUUUUUGA